CUGCAUUUUCCGAGAAGUGCCUUUACUCAACUCCGUCACCUAGAUCACGCAGCGGCUUCAAUCAGCGCCAUGCAGCCGAGCGGCCGCGAGAUGGCCGGCGGCGAGGGCGGGCCGCAGCAGGCCGACGACUUCUUCGACCAGAUGCUCUCGACGCUGCCGUCGGCGUGGGCGGACCUGGGUGGCGGGGGCACCAAGUCGCCCUGGGAGCUCCCCGCGGGCGCCGAGGACGCCGCCGUGCAGGCCGCCUUCGGCGACGAUUCGUCGGCGCUGCUCGUGUCGCGCCUCCGGCAGCACCAGAUCGGCGGGGACGUCAAGUCGCCGUCGUCCUCCUCCCCGGUCAUGCUGCAGCUCAGCGACCUGCACCGCCACGGCGGCGGCCUGGCGGGCGCCGGGGCCGAGGAGAGCGCCGGGUUCUCCCCGCUGCCGCUGUUCACGGACCGGUCGGCGCCGGCGCGGGAGGAGAUGGAGGGCGGCUUCAAGUCGCCCAACCCCGCCGGAGGUGACCACUCCCUGUUCAACGGGUUCGGGAUGCACGGCACGGCCGCCGUGCAGCCACAAUUUGGCCAGGGAGGAUCGGUGUCGCCUCAGAGCCUGGGAGGACCGGCGGUGAGCGGCGGCGCGACAACACCCGCUGGCGGCGCAGCUUCGUCGGCCGGCGGCGGCGCGGCACCGCCGCGGCAGGUGCGGCAGCGGGCGAGGAGAGGGCAAGCCACCGACCCCCACAGCAUAGCGGAACGUCUCCGGAGGGAGAGGAUCGCGGAGCGGAUGAAGUCGCUGCAGGAGCUGGUUCCGAACGCCAACAAGACGGACAAGGCGUCGAUGCUGGACGAGAUCAUCGACUACGUCAAGUUCCUGCAGCUCCAAGUCAAGGUUCUGAGCAUGAGCCGGCUGGGCGGCGCGGCCGGCAGGGCGCCCCUGGUUGCAAGCAUGUCCUCGGAGGGCAAUAGCAACGGAAGCGGCAGCAACAGCGGCGGCGGCGCAAAGGGCAGCGCUGCCACCAAGGCCAAUGGCAGUGGCGGCGGCGAGAACGGCGGCGGGUUGCGUGUGGCGGAGAACCAGGUGGCGAAGAUGAUGGAGGAGGACAUGGGCACGGCCAUGCAGUACCUGCAGGGCAAGGGCCUGUGCCUGAUGCCCAUCUCCCUGGCGUCCGCCAUCUCCUCCGCCACCUCCUCCGCGUCGCUCCUCUCCCGCCCGCCGCCGGUCCUCCGCCACCCCGCCGCCGCCAGCCCCGCCCCUCCUCCCGGCCAGCUGCACGAUGCCAGCAACGGUGGCGCCACCGCCAACGCGGCGACGUCCCCGGCGUCCGCUAGCAGCGCCGGAGGCGGCGGCGAGGAUCCCCGACCCACCAAGGACGUCGUCUGUGGCGGCGGUAAUAAGCAGUAGUGACUGUGGGGGGAUCGUCGGAGGAUGGCCGGGCGACAAGCCGACAACUGUGCUGCUGUAUCAAACAAAGGGUGUGUAACUAGGAUCAUGUGACGUCGUACAUCCUGUCAUGACAUCAUGUACCUUCGUUUUCCUCCAAUAUAUUUCCCAUUGCCCUUUUCUC